ACGGAUCCUUCCUGUGGUGUUCCCACAAAGAUUUGGAAAACCAGCCCUGAUCCUUCAUCAAUGCCUUCCCACAAAAACAGCAUUCCAUGCCACGUCUUUCAGACCGUCGACUUCCAUGGGCCUUGCGAGCAGGAGGACAGGAGAAACUCAGCCCCAGAAUCAAUUUUGUUGGUACCUCCCUCCUGGACAAAGCAACUGGUGCCUGCAAUACCUAUCUGCAGCUUGCCUGUCCAGUCACUCCCACCCCUCGAGUGGCCUCUCUCCAGCCAGUCGGGCUCCUACGAGCUGCGGAUCGAGGUCCAGCCCAAGCCCCACCACCGGGCACACUACGAGACCGAGGGCAGCCGAGGGGCCGUCAAGGCACCGACUGGAGGCCACCCUGUCGUGCAGCUCCACGGUUACAUGGAGAACAAACCCUUGGGUCUUCAGAUCUUCAUUGGAACAGCAGAUGAACGGAUACUUAAACCUCAUGCUUUCUAUCAAGUCCAUCGCAUUACGGGGAAAACUGUUACCACCACCAGCUAUGAAAAAAUCAUUGGCAACACCAAAGUUUUGGAGAUCCCACUGGAACCCAAAAAUAACAUGAAAGCAACCAUUGACUGUGCAGGGAUUUUGAAGCUGAGGAAUGCAGACAUCGAGCUGCGCAAGGGAGAGACGGACAUCGGCAGGAAGAACACCCGGGUCCGGCUCGUCUUCCGCGUCCACAUCCCUGAGUCCAAUGGCAGGAUUGUUUCUCUGCAAGCAGCAUCAAACCCCAUUGAAUGCUCCCAAAGGUCUGCUCAUGAACUUCCAAUGGUUGAAAGACAAGACAUUGAUAGUUGCCUUGUUUAUGGAGGACAACAGAUGAUCCUUACUGGACAAAAUUUCACAGCAGAGUCCAAGGUGGUGUUCACAGAGAAAACAUCAGAUGGGCAGCAGAUCUGGGAAAUGGAGGCAACAGUGGACAAGGAUAAGAGCCAGCCUAGCAUGCUUUUUGUAGAAAUACCAGAGUACAGGAACAAGCACAUUCGCACAGCUGUGAAGGUGAAUUUCUACGUUAUCAAUGGGAAAAGAAAAAGAAGUCAACCCCAGCAUUUUACCUAUCACCCAGGUAACUUACCAUCAAUCAAAACAGAGCCCAUUGAUGACUAUGAUCCAGCCUUAAUCUGCAAUACAGUACACAGUGGUCUGGGAACAGUAACACAGCCUUACUAUUCACAGCACACAAUGGUCACCGAAUCCCCUUCCUGUCUUGUGGCCACUAUGGCUCCUUGCCAGCAGUUGCGCUCAGGCCUUUCUUCUCCUGAUUCUCGGUAUCAUCAGCAGAAUCCAGCAGCUGUCAUAUACCAAAGAAGCAAGAGCCUUAGCCCAAGCCAACUGGGCUACCAGCAAUCCAAUUUGAUGGCUACACCAGUUGCUAUUUCAGAUGCCCAUAGGUCAGUACUGGUGCACACUGGUUCUCCAGGUCAUACUUCAGCAGUGCUCCACCACUCUCCAGGCAACCAGCAGUCUUCUCCAGUGAUUCACUAUUCUCCAACCAACCAGCAGCUGAGGUGUGGAAGUCACCAAGAAUUUCAGCACAUCAUGUGCUGUGAAAAUUUUACUCCAAAUGUUACAAGAUCCAGCCAGCCCCAGGUCAGUCAAGCACAAAGGUUAAGUCCGAGUUCAUACCCUACGGUGAUUCAGCAGCAGACAGCCUCAGGCCAGCGGGCAGCAAAAAAUGGACCACCAGUGGGCGACCAGAAAGAAGCAUUACCAGCUGGAGUCACUAUUAAACAGGAACAGAAUCUGGACCAAGCAUAUCUGGAUGACGCUGCAUUUUUGGUAGAUGGCAAUGUACUUUGGCAACUGAGCAAAAAAUGCAGUGUUCUGCAGAAACCCUCUGUCUUGCUUCAUGCCAUGGAGUGA